UGAUUUCAAAGCAUUGGUUCUUGAAUUUAUGGAGCAUGGAAGCUUGGAACAGUGGCUGCAUCCAAAAGUGAAUGAGCGAAUCCCGAUGAGGAUUUUGAAUUUAGAACAGAGAGUGAGCAUAGCCAUUGAUGUGGCUUCUGCACUGGAUUACCUUCAUCAUCACAGCCCAGUGCCAAUCGUGCAUUGCGAUCUUAAGCCGACAAACAUUCUUCUGAAUGUUGACAUGACUGCCCAUGUGAGUGACUUUGGGCUGGCAAAGUUCCUCUCUGAAUCUACUGACUUGAUCUCCAUAUCUGCUAGCUUGGUGGCAAUAAAAGGAUCAGUUGGAUAUAUUGCUCCAGAGUACGGUUUGGGAUGCGAUGUAUCAACUCAAGGAGAUGUGUACAGCUAUGGAAUACUUCUCCUGGAGAUGUUCACUGGAAAGAGACCCACUGAUGAAACCUUCAAUGAAAGCCUAGAUCUUCAUCGAUUUGUUGAGAUGGCUUUUCCUUCUCAAAUUAUGAACAUCGUAGAUCCACAAUUGAUACGAGAGGAAGAGUACGAAAUUAUCAAUGACAUACAACAAAGAUGCACUAUACAAGACAAGAUACGAGAGUGCUUAAUUUUGGUGAUCAGCAUUGGGUUACAAUGUUCCAGCAAAGUACCCAAAGAACGGCUGCAUACAGGAGAUAUUGUUAAAAAAAUGACUGCAGCGAGAGAGAUACUUGGCAGGGUCUAA